AUGUGCGACGAGGAGGUUGCCGCUCUUGUUGUGGACAAUGGAUCCGGCAUGUGCAAAGCCGGUUUCGCGGGAGACGAUGCUCCCCGUGCCGUGUUCCCCUCAAUCGUCGGCCGUCCCAGGCAUCAGGGAGUCAUGGUUGGUAUGGGACAGAAGGAUUCGUACGUUGGAGACGAGGCCCAGUCGAAGAGGGGUAUCCUCACCCUCAAGUACCCCAUCGAGCACGGAAUCGUGACCAACUGGGAUGACAUGGAAAAGAUCUGGCAUCACACGUUCUACAAUGAGCUUCGCGUGGCCCCGGAAGAACAUCCAGUCCUCCUCACUGAAGCCCCGCUUAACCCCAAGGCCAACAGGGAGAAGAUGACCCAGAUCAUGUUCGAGACGUUCAACUCCCCGGCCAUGUAUGUCGCCAUUCAGGCCGUGCUCUCCCUCUACGCCUCCGGACGUACCACCGGUAUCGUUCUGGACUCUGGUGAUGGUGUCACCCACACCGUCCCGAUCUACGAAGGAUACGCCCUUCCCCACGCCAUUCUCCGUGUUGACCUGGCUGGCCGUGAUCUCACCGACUACUUGAUGAAGAUCCUCACUGAGCGUGGUUAUUCCUUCACCACCACCGCCGAGCGUGAAAUCGUCCGCGACAUCAAGGAGAAGCUCUGCUACGUCGCCCUCGACUUUGAGCAGGAAAUGGCGACCGCCGCCUCCUCCUCUUCCCUCGAGAAGUCGUACGAACUCCCUGACGGUCAGGUGAUCACCGUCGGAAACGAGCGUUUCCGUUGCCCCGAGGCCAUGUUCCAGCCCUCUUUCCUGGGUAUGGAAUCGGCUGGAGUGCACGAGUCGGUGUACAACUCGAUCAUGAAGUGCGAUAUCGACAUCAGGAAGGAUCUGUAUGCGAACAAUGUCCUUUCGGGAGGAACCACCAUGUACCCCGGAAUCGCUGACCGAAUGCAGAAGGAGAUCACCGCCCUCGCACCCAGCACGAUGAAGAUCAAGAUCAUUGCCCCUCCGGAGCGCAAAUACUCUGUGUGGAUCGGAGGAUCCAUCCUCGCCUCCCUCUCCACCUUCCAGCAGAUGUGGAUCUCCAAGGCCGAGUACGACGAGUCGGGCCCGUCCAUCGUCCACCGCAAGUGCUUC